CGUCGCGGCUCGUCUCUGUCAGUCGGAGCCAAGAUGGCGAACGUCGUGCUGGACUUCAAGUCGUCCGCCGGCGAUUCUGAGCCGCAGAAUCGCCCCGUCCUGGUUAUCGGCCACCACACCAACCUGCAGCAGCUCAGCUGGAGCCAAAUCAAAGGAAAACUGCAGCCAGUCGUUAGCAAAGAGAUCUGGCAGGCAGCUCUCAGUGCUUUGAACCCGAACCCCACAGACAGCUGCUCUCUCUACCUCAAUCAGGCUGUAGUAGCUGCCCUUCCUUCACGGGUCAGCAGGCACAACAGCCCAUCUUCUGCCCACUUUGUGUCUCGUCUGAUCCGUUCCUGCCUUCCUGGAGGGAACAACCGCUGCAUUGUGAUGGUGUGUGAACGUUCGGAUGUGUUUGCGUCCUCCUGUGCCAUCUCAAGGGCCUUCCCUCUCUUCUCUCGUCGCUCUGCAUCCUCACGCAGGGCUGAGAAAAAACAUGUGACGGUGGAGUUUUUAAUUGUAGGGAAUGACAACACUCCUCUGGAUACUGCAGAACUUCAGUGCAUGUCCAACGCUGCUGAUGGUGUAAGGCUGGCAGCCCGUAUUGUGGACACUCCAUGCAAUGAGAUGAACACAGACCACUUUUUAGAUGAAAUAAAAGCUGUGGGAGCUGAACUUGGAAUAACUCCAGUCAUCGUUCGUGGAGAGGAACUGAAACAAAGGGGUUUUGGAGGUAUUUACGGUGUUGGAAAGGCAGCAGAGCAUCCUCCCGCACUUGCAAUAUUGAGCCACACACCUGACGGGGCGACCCAGACCAUUGCUUGGGUGGGCAAGGGCAUUGUUUAUGACACUGGUGGACUCAGCAUCAAGGGAAAGACCACGAUGCCCGGGAUGAAGAGAGACUGUGGUGGAGCUGCUGCCAUUUUGGGAGCGUUCAAGGCCACUGUUAAACAGGGGUUUAAGGAUAACCUCCACGCAGUGUUUUGUCUCGCAGAGAACGCAGUCGGACCCACGGCCACGCGACCCGACGACAUCCACACGCUCUACUCUGGAAAGACAGUGGAAAUCAACAACACUGAUGCAGAGGGCAGGCUGGUGCUGGCGGAUGGUGUCGUGUACGCCUGCAAAGACUUGUCUGCUGAUAUUAUUCUGGAUAUGGCCACACUUACCGGUGCACAGGGGAUCUCCACAGGGAAGUACCAUUGUGCUGUGAUGACCAACAGUGAGCAGUGGGAGGUUGCGUGUGUGCGUGCAGGUCGCAGCAGUGGGGAUCUCGCCCACCCUCUGGUCUACUGCCCUGAGCUGCACUUCAGCGAGUUCACCUCUGCCAUGGCUGACAUGAAGAACUCUGUGGCUGACCGGGAGAAUGCUCAGAGCUCUUGCGCUGGCCUCUUUAUUGGUUCCCACUUGGGCUUUGACUGGCCUGGAGUUUGGGUCCAUGUUGACAUUGCCUCUCCUGUUCAUGCAGGGGAGCGUGCCACAGGAUUUGGCGUUGCUCUGCUCAUGGCACUGUUCGGUCAGGCAUCAGAUGACUCCCUGCUCAACCAAGUGUCUCCUCUGGGUGCCCAAACUAACAAGUCCGAGGACAAGAUGGAGCGUGAUUGCAAAAGACGAAGACUGGUGUAGAGCACACAACUGUUCACUCCUUGACUGCUUUGUACCGUCUUGUACCCCAACGGUUAAAGUUAAUCUAGUUAGAGUUAAAACAUUUUAAACGUAUUCAGCUGCCUGUACUUGGUCAGCGGUGACUAGAGUAAAUGAAACAAAUGAUCAGAAAAAUCAGAUGUGGUAUAAACAAGAACGAUUGAACACAUGCCCUUGAUUGUCCUCACUGGGCAGAUGCUCUAGUGAUCUGCUUCCAUGGCUUCUUUGCUUUUCACUUUAGACAAAAAUGAGUUAAUACACGAAAAUCUGAGAACAGGUGGUUUAUCUUCAUAAUUAAUUCAUAAUUUCAGCAGUGAUUUCUUUUUUUGGUACAUCUUUUUAACAGACUUUAUAAGUAAUGAUAUUUUAAGAUUUGUCCACAUACCACGCACAAUGUGAUGCUUUGUGCAUGUUAAGGAUUAAUGCCAUAAGUUUUCUAAUACAUCGUGAAAGAUACUGUAACACAAUCAGUAAAGUCAGAUUUAUUGUUGGUAACACUGCACUUUGCAAUCUUCCUGUUUAAUAUAGUGGACUGUGUGUUCGCUGCACCAGAGGAUUCUGAGUGUUCACUGGCAUUUGUUAGCAGUUUCACAAUGUCAUAAUUAUGACACGCUUUGUCUGAGGGGGGAGGGAAACCACCCGCAAGAUGUUAACUGUGGGUUGAAGUGUCUGUCAAAUUCCUGCACAAAUAUGGUUGUUUUUUUUUUUUCCUCCUCUUCACUUGUGACAAUCAUGUGGUCCUCCAAUAAAGGCUGUGCUAUCUGUU